AUGGACUGGUCUACUAAACACUACUGGCAUAGUAUCUUCACCCGCGAUAAGGAUGACGAACAGCCUCGGCCUGAGAUCCUGCCAUCUGAUUUGCAGGCCCUCGAACAAUUCGUGCAGAAAAGGUACGAUGAGGCUAUGCAUAAAUUAGAAUUGGCAGAGGAGAGAGUGCAUAUAUGUACGUGGAGGCUCGAGGACUACGAGAUAGCAUUGGCCACACACAAAACGCGCAGAGAGAAAAUCCGGGAAUCCUUCGGAGGCGCGAAGUCGCGUGCGACCGCUCCCGCGCUGGUUGGGCUCCCGGCGAACCUGAGUGCUCGACAGAGCCAGCGCCGGCGGCGGAGCCAACUGAGGAUGAGUUGA